AAAGACAAAGGCAGCUUUAAUUACAGAGCCUUCCUCCUGUUCUCAGCCUGUUUGCUUUUCUCCCCAGGGCAUUCUUAUCGCUCAUUCAAGAGAAGCACCUGACCUCUGAGGAAGCAAUGAACAGAGACAGAGCUUUCCCUUGUAGGCUCUUGCUGGGAGUUGAUUGAGCUCACAUGCUCGAGAAUCAACAAGAGCUGAUGAACUUCUCUUUAAAUAUGAUUUAUGUUUCUUUCUUAGGCAAAAGGUAUUCUUCUGUGUAAUACCCUGACCUCCUAAGGGGACCCUAUUUUUUUUUUUUUUUUAAAUCAUCAUGAAGGGACCAGAAAAAGCAUACCUGGUGAGCGAUAAAGCAACCAAGAUGUACUCCUUAACUAUGGACAGCAGUGAAAAGAAUAACUGUGGCAAACCUCCACUUCAGGAUGAUGAAAAUCCACAUAUUAAGUAUCACUGCCACAAUAACAACACCAAGGCCUACGAUGCCAGGCAAAGAGAACAAACAUCUGCCAAAAAGAAACUGUGUAUAGCAUCACUUAUAUGCUUUGUAUUUAUAUCUGCAGAGAUUGUAGGUGGGUAUAUCGCAGGAAGCCUGGCUGUUGUAACAGAUGCAGCCCAUCUCUUAGUAGAUUUAUCUAGUUUCUUUAUCAGUCUUGGUUCACUCUGGCUGUCAUCAAAGUCUUCAACGAUGCGGCUAACAUUUGGAUGGUAUCGAGCAGAAAUUCUCGGUGCACUUAUGUCCAUAAUUACAAUAUGGCUGGUGACUGGAGUGCUGGUGUAUUUGGCCAUCGAGAGAAUAAUUCGGCCUGAUUACACCAUUGAUGGGACCGUAAUGCUGAUAACGUCCGCCUGUGCCUUGGGUGCCAAUGUAGUCUUGGCUUUGAUUUUGCACCAGUCAGGACAUGGACACAGUCAUGCAGGAGGCAAACAUGAACAUAUGGCGUCCGAGUACAAGCCUCAAACCAAUGCCAGUAUACGGGCAGCCUUUAUACACGUCAUAGGGGAUCUGUUUCAGAGCAUUAGUGUUCUCAUUAGUGCACUGAUUAUUUACUUUAAGCCAGAGUACAAGAUUGCUGAUCCAAUCUGUACCUUUAUCUUCUCCAUUUUUGUGUUGAUCACAACUGUAACGGUGCUGAGGGAUCUCUUGAAUAUCCUAAUGGAAGGUACUCCGCGGGGGAUCCAUUACAGUGAUGUGAAACAGUCCAUUCUAGCUGUAGAUGGGGUUAAAUCAGUGCACAGUCUUCAUCUAUGGGCUUUAACAAUGAAUCAAGUCAUCCUUUCAGCUCACAUUGCCACAGACAUUUUAGGGGAAUCAAAGAGAAUUUUGAAGGACGUCACACAAAAUGUAUGUUCCAGCUUCCCCUUUCAUUCAGUCACCAUUCAAGUGGAACCAGUAGAAGAGCAGAGUCCAGAGUGCAUGUUCUGCUAUGAGCCGACACAGUGAUUAAGGUUAUCCCCAUCCGUUUGGCUUCAUCACAGCCAACCAAUGACUAUUUUUUUUUUUUUAAAAACAAAGGACAUUGACAAGGUGAAAAAUACUAGAAAUUGUGUAAAUUACAAACUCCUCCAUCCUUAGCACCUGAUAUUUAUAACUAUUACUAUUGGCACCAGCCAAAGCUGAGCAAACAAUUAAACAGAUGUUAGUGCACGGAAUGUCGAAACAGAGUUUCUAUACGUGGAAUAUGUGUAGGUUAUAAUUUCUGGAUGUAGCAGUAGAACACUAAGAUAUUAAGAAGUAUUAGCCCACAGACACCUGUUUUUACAAGCCCCUGGUGAAAAUUAACUAAGGGUGGUUAUUUUAAUUCCCAUGUUACAUUUCUGUCUUUCCAUGGAGACAAAGAAGAGCUGACAGAUACAUGUGCUUCCCGACAUGCUUCAGUGCCUUCAGUAAAAUACAGAAUUCUUCAGAGAAGGACACACAUUGACUCUGGCCUAUGAAGUAAAGGAACUGAGCUGGCUUUACUGGCCAUCAGCGAUGGGAAAAUGGACAAAUGACCAAGAUGCUCUGAUUGCUUAGCUGCCUUUUCAUGCUUAAAUGGGAAAAACAAUAUUUAUGGUUACAUUGCAGUUACUACUGCUCAAAUAUUUUGAUGGACCAUUAAGAAUGAAAAUGAAUAAUGACUUGUUUUUGUUCUCCAGGGAUUAUUAGACCUGUCUUUGUAUUUCUUACUGAUAGCUCUACCUUAAGUCCCUUUCUCUUCCUGUCAGAUUCCCUUACCCUAAAAUACCUCUCUUCUCACAUCAUACUCCUGAAUUCUCCAACCCUACCACCAUCAUCAUUUCAUAUUGCUUUAGGCCCAGUGCAUAUCAAGUGAAAGCACUUACUUUAUGUUGCCAUGUUUUAAAAUCCCAUCACUGCCCCACCACAACCCUCUGCUCCCCUCUCCUAAUUUAUAUACUCUCUACUUGUUGUGUAGCCCCUCAAAUCCUCUUUUUACUUCAUAUAUCAUUUCACUUUGACCCUCCGCACUUCAUAUUCCUUUAUACACACAUCUUAAAUAUCAUAUAUCCAACCACCUGCCGACCAACAACCAAUGGAUUUGGACUUUAUGUGAACGUCAGGAGCAAAACAAAGUGUAGCCUUGCCCAAAGUAUGACAUCAUUAUUCCCAUGGGGACUUUACCACUAGAGAUACUCAAUGUUUAAAUUGCCAGAGUAAAAGUUCAAUUCUUUAUCAUUUGACAAACUUAGACUGUGUGUAAAUGCUUGGAGUAGAGGUCCCAUAAUGUGACAUCAUUACUUUUUCCCUACAUCUAAAGGUGGCCAUAGAUGUAACAAUUACGAUCUUUCUUGGAAAAGAUCUUUCCAAGAAAGAACGUUUGUUUCAAUACACACGUGUAGAGCUGAAUCGUCAGAUAAACAUAUAGAAACAAUAGAAUUCUACCUGUAUCUGAUGAUUCAGCACUAAAAAUGGCCGAUGUUUGGGUGCCUUCAAAGGCACCCGAUAAAAAUUUUGUACGAUAUUAUCUGUGCGUCUAUGACCACCUUAAGACCUGGGGGAAACUGCAGAAUCACUGUAAAUGGCUCUAUUAGUAACAUGACACAGAACACUGAGCAAAAUGAAGAAAACAAAUAUUUUUGGGCAAUGUGGUGCAGAUGUUCUAAAACUACUGAGGACAACUCCAGAAUGCCAGUUUGAAUAUCAAUUAGAGUUAAAUAAGGGGCAAAUGCUAAUUUGCUAUCGUAUAUAUUUAUGGAAGCCCUUCCUGUCUGUGGUAAGGGGCCUCCCCAAACAAAUGUUGGUCCUGACCUAACAGUGCACCAGGCGUUAUAUCGUAUUAUUGUCUUGUGAGUAGUCAGUAUGGCCGUAUGGUGGUGGAAAAGGAUUGGAUGCAAAGGAAUCUUGCAUAUCAUAAUUAAGAGUAGAAGGUUCAAAGGGGAACUACACCUAAAAAUAGAUCCUGACACCGGCUGCUGUCGCAAUAUUUAAUUAUAAUGCACUAUUUUUUGUUUUUUUCUGUUGCCAUGAGAGCUGAUCCAUAUACAAUUUUUGGAGGGCACCAGACAUGUUGGAGGGGCUUGUUUAAUGCAGAAAUAGAUGCUAGUUUAUAUAUGCCAUGGAGUAAAUCAUGCACUGUUGUCCAUUUGCAGUCAACUUGCUGUACAAAUGGUAUUGAAGGAAAUGUUUCUUUUGUUUAUAUUGAACCAUAAAGGGGCAUAUUCAAUUCUGCAAAUAUACUUCUGACAUAUUGAGCCUUCCUCACAAUAUAACAGGGCGAUAUUUUGCUUUUCACAGUGUAACUUACUAUUCACUGGUCCUUCUUAAUAAAGCUAUCAAUGUGCACAUA